AAAAAGCGCUGUGCUCGGCGCCGCGCCGCGAGACACCUACGCGCCCGGACAGGAGUAGGGCAGCGGAUCGAGGGCGCACGCGUUCGAUCCACGCGCUCAGCGGUCGCGCAGCCUCGACGAGGCGGUGCAGGCUGCCCCAAGUGCUGCCCCAAGGAACGAUGGCCGACGAACCGAGGAGACCCACGGAGGAGGAGAUGCGCGCCAAGCUCGCCGAGGCCGCGCCGAAGGAAGGUCGGGAAACGCGCGCGGAAGCUGACGAAAGAAGGCGGCAGGAGCGGCGCGCGCGACGACGAGCGCGACGGCAGCGGAACCAGCCGCCCCCGGGCCCGACGCCCGAAGAAAUCAAAAGGAACGAAAUCAAGGCCGAGGCCGACGCUAUUCUUGAGUCCUGGCGCGCGUCCUUCACGGCCGGUCUCCGGGCCAAGGAGUCUUCCGACGAAGAACUAGAUGAGAAAACAGGAAAAAUGAGAAAAUUAACGGUGAAGGAACGGAAAAGACGUAGGAAGUUGCGGGCCGCGGCCAUGCGCCGAGCGGCCGCGAAAGCCCGGGGCGGCAAAUUAGCUUGGGUGGUCGCGGCUUAUCGGAAGUACCUCGCCUCGAAACGAGCGGACGGCACCAGAGCAGGUAGGGAAUAUCGCAUCCAGACGACGUCCGUCGAUAGCAAAGGCAAGGAGGUCAUAAGGCCGGACGAGAGCGGCGCCAAGUUUCCCCCGUCGCUCAUGGACCAGCAGGCGUUCUUGGUCUUGGAAGCUUGGGCGCUCCACCACAAGAUCACGCAGGGCGAGAUGUAUAAAGUUUAUGAGGCGUACUACGACAAUCUGCACGCGAAGAAGCACCCGGACGACAGUCAGUUCUCGGCGUCCCGUCGUGUUGUGGUGUCUUCACUUUGUUGAUGUGACUCGUGUCCAUGAGACGAGGUCGCGGCUGGUUUCUUUUUCGAGUUUGAGGCCGUUCGGACCACGUCGGGGCCGUCGCGGCGUGUCAGAGAGACAGCGGUCGCGUCGAUGGCGUCACGCCGUCGUCGUGAUCCCACGAGAGUCUACGUGGCCAUCAGGACGCCGUCGACGACUGCGACGCGCCGCGCAGGUCAUAAGGUACCGAACCGCAUAUCUACUUAUUAUUUCCAGGACUUGUUCGACCACCAGACGUCCGAAGCCACUUCACUCAUACUAAUCCCAUUGUUAUUUGUCAAAGAAUUACAUGGUCUCAAAAGGGCGCGCGAUGUUGGGUGUAUUACGUUCCCUCGCUUCCUCAUUGCGGGCUACGACUUCGCGCGGCAAAGUCCUUGUGGCGUGAUCCUCAAGUUCUUCCGGCUGUUGUUGGACCCGCAAAUGAUCGCGGAGAACGCGUUAGUGCCCCUCAAGCCCUUUGAGGAUUUAGUAUCACUCAUGCAUGGAGCAGUGCAGAAAUCAAAAUUUCACGGCGCGUUGCUGAAUCGUCGCGUCGUCCUCCACGCCAUCGACGCGACGCCUACUCGAUGGCGUGGCGAUGCCGGUUCCUCGCCGCUCGACGGAGCCAGCACCCGACUCACUGGUUGAUUCCCACACAGGCAUGGCGGGACCCCGAAAGGGCAUUUGCACCUGUUUUCAUCGUUGUUCGGGGAGAAGACACAUGUGCGGUUUCCUGAGCUCAUACGAGCUUGCUGUGCUUGUCCUGUACUACUCAGACCAUUACGUGCGUCGCGCGGCGUCCGAAUCGACUCAAAAUUGCCAUAGAGACCACCCAGCGCCUUCUCUGAUGGAAACGAGUCGCGUCGACGCCGCGAGAGAGCCAGAAAACCGCGGCAACACGCGAAACCGCCGCUACGCAGGACUCUUCCACCUGCAGCUGCAGCGGAAGUUCUUCUGGAGCGAGUUCUGGUCGAGACAUCAAUUACCGUGUCUCGAUCCGGCGGACGAGGCGCUGUUCGGGUGCUUGAUGGUCGCUCCAUCACUAGAAAGAAGCUUGGUCAAUCAUAGUACGCUGGAGAAGAGCUGGCGGCUCACGGCGCGCCGGUUGCUGGGGUGGAUUCGUGUUCGACAUACGAAGAGUUCGUCGUCGUAUUGGCUGGAGUUAGAGAUGGAUGAAUGUCGCGACCUGGACGAUGAGACGGUGCUCACGGAUAGUAUAUAUAUAUUCAACACAACUAAUCUGCUGAGAGACAUGUACGGGUUGCGGUUCGGCAAAUUACUUGCCGAUUUACUAUUUGAUAAGAAACCUUUCGCUAUUGGUGCACUGCACGAUUCAAUCUGGAAAGCUUAUGAUACGCCGAUACGAGUGCCUAUGGUAUCAGGCGGCGUGGACCUGAAUCCGAGUGGAGACACGACGGCGACACCUAGAAGACGACCGGUGCGAGAAUGGCCCGCGCCCGUGCCCCAGGACGGCGACGACUUUCUGCGGAGAAGACCGGCCGACGCGAUGACGCUGGGCUGGCAGAAAUUUACGGAUCCCGCGACGGAGCGCGAGUUCCACUACCACGUCGCGUCGCACACCUCCCAAUGGUUGGAUCCGCGCCACGACUACACGUUCGCCGGGCACGACGGCCGCGCGACCUACUUCUGGCCGGAGCGGGCCGAAGAACUACGAGCUAGGAGGCGCACGAUGGGCGACCUCUCCCUGGCGGGCCUCGUCGACGAGCCGGCUCCAGCCCCGGCGCCGGCGCCGGCGCCGUCCGAGCGGCAGCCGACGCCGAAGCUGUCGCUGUUCGGACGGCUCUCGAAGAAGAAGAAGGCCGAGGGCGCCGCGCCGUCCGAGUCGCCGGGGUCGCGCCCGCCGACGGCCGAGGACACGCAGCUCAUAAAAAUGUGAUUGUUUAAGACUAGAACAAGGUUACACAGCAGCU